UUUGUUUACCAGAGAAGGGGUUCCAAUUGUUUUUCUCUUUUACAUCAGUGAACCUAUCUUUGGACCACAAUCUAUUGUGUGCGGUCGGAAGCUCUCCCAUUUUCCUUUGAAGAGGACAGAGUCAACAACCAAGUACAUCUUUAAGUGUUGGUCCUACGCAGCGUCCAGAGGUUAUCGACGACGACUCAGCAGAGCCGACAUCCCGAGCAGAGCCACUCGGAAGCCAGAACUGCCACGCAUUGCGACGGUUUCAUCAGCCUCGUGGAGGGGGAGUCGCAGUCCACCCGGACAAUCCAAUCUGGCUGGACAGCGUCUGGCAGCUGUGCACCCGGCUUAUCUCCUAGAAAAUACCACUUGGUGGGGGCACUCUCAUGUUUGGGUUCGCCGUUUUGUUUUGUUAUAAAUUAUUAUUACAAAUUUCGCCCUGAUAAGACUCAGCACAGCUGAGUGGACUUUCGGAAAGUAUAAAAGGCCCCGUCGCUCAGAGAAACACUUAAACGUUUGCUGAGCACCCAGCUGGACUGACCCACCUAACCGAAAGCUUUGUAAUAACCACUUGAUAACCAACCAAUCAAAAUAAAGUUGGUAUACCAUUUAGAAGGUCCAUAAACAAGCUGUGAAGUAAUCUUUUAAUCAUGGGUUUGACGCGCGUGCUGUUGAAGGAUGGCGGUUUCGGCACCCAGAUGACCGUCCAUGUGGGCAACUCUGUGGACGGGGAUCCACUGUGGAGCUCCCGCUUCAAUGCCACCAAUCCGGCAGCCAUCAUCAGCACCCACCUGGACUUUUUGCAGAAUGGUGCAGAUAUCAUUUUGACCAAUACCUACCAGUCCAGUCUUGAGGGUUACAUGGAGUAUCUGGAGCUGGACGAGGAGCAGAGCAUAGAGCUGAUAAAGAACACUGUUCGUUUGGCACACAUCGCCAAGGAGCGCUAUCUCACCGAGUGCUAUCAGGCCCAGCUGACGGUGCCGGAGGGAUACCCUCUGAUCAUCGCCUCAAUUGGACCCUAUGGGGCCCACUUGCACGAUGGCUCCGAGUACACCGGUAGCUAUGCCGACUAUGUGCCGGCCAAAGAGAUUACGGAUUGGCAUCGCGUGAGGAUCGAAGCAUGCUUGGAGGCUGGUGUGGAUGCGCUGGCCAUCGAGACGAUUCCCUGCCAAAUGGAGGCGGAGGCCCUGGUGGAGAUGCUUUGCGAUGAUUAUCCGGAUGUGAAGUUCUGGGUAGCCUUCCAGUGCAACGGUGAGAAUACCUUGGCGCAUGGAGAGACCUUUGCGGAUGCGACUAAUGCUAUUUGGGAUCUAUUGGCGGAGCGUAAUGCCCAGGAUAAAUGCCUGGCAAUCGGAGUAAAUUGUGUGAAUCCAAAGUUUGUGACUCCUCUGUUCAAGAGUUUGAAUGGAGACCGCGAAGUGGCUGAGCAAAUACCGCUGGUGGUGUACCCCAAUAGUGGGGAGGUGUACGACGUAGUCAACGGCUGGCAGGGGAAGGAGCAUUGUGUUCCCCUGGCGAACUACGUUCCAGAGUGGGCGCAACUGGGGGCCAAGGUCAUUGGGGGGUGCUGUCGCACCUAUGCAAGGGAUAUCCGCCACAUCGGUGAAGCCAUUCGCGACUGGAACAAACUGAAGAAGCUCUCCUAGAUAUGCACUUAUAAACUGGGGAUCUCAGUAACUUUGAAAGAACAGAAUGCCCAUCCAUUUAGUACUGUAAAUAUGUGUUUAGUUAUUAAGGUUUAGAACUUAUUUGAAUAAAAAAAAAGAAAGACAACG